UCCUCUAGAUUUAUCCAAUCCACUUCGAAUUAAAGAUGGCUGCGCCCUUGAAACAAACAUGGACUGUAAAGAAUCAUCUAUUUUUAAUGCAAAAACAUUUAAAACGAAUAGGACAGUUGUGCCAUGAGGUGCAGAAAAGUUCAUGGGGAAAUGAAGAAUCAGUUCGAAGUAUAAAAUUUGAUGUGGGAAAUAGACCAAUAGAAAUCAGUACUGGUCAAUUUGCUAGGUUUGCUGAUGGAUCAGCUGUUGCUAAGCAAGGUGAUACUUCAGUAUUGGUUACUGCAGUCUGUAAAACUAAAUCCUCACCAGCCUCUUUUCUACCAUUAACGGUAGAUUACAGACAAAAGGCUGCUUCAGCUGGAAGAAUACCAACAAACUUUCUCCGACGUGAACUAGGUGCUUCAGAUAAAGAAAUUCUAACAAGUAGACUUAUAGAUCGAUCUCUGAGACCUUUAUUUCCUACUGGCUUUAAUUAUGAAACCCAGAUAAUAUGUAACUUAAUGGCAGUAGAUGGGGAUCAUGAUCCUGAAGUACUCAGUAUAAAUGCAGCAUCAGCAGCCUUGGUUCUAUCAGAUAUACCAUUUAAUGGACCAGUAGGUGCUGUACGAAUAGGAUAUGUUGACCAUGAAAUUGUUAUAAAUCCAACACGACGGGAACUACAACAAAGUCCAUUGAAUCUUAUUGUAAGCGGUUGUAGUGACAAUAAAAUAGUAAUGAUGGAAGGACAUGCUGACAACUUCGGACAUGAUCUUUUUAAAGAAGCAAUAAAAACAGGUGUAAAAGAAAUAGAUACCAUUAUAAUAAAGUUAAAAGAAUUAAAAGAGUCUUUAGGGAAGCCGCAACGUGAUGUAGAAUAUAAAUUAGCACCACCUGAAGAAAUAUUUACAACAAUAGAACGGCUAACAAAAACAGAAUUAACAGCAAUAUUGCAAGAUGCAUCCCAUGAUAAGUUUUCCAGAGAUAAUGCAGUUAGAGAUCUAAAAUCUUCAACUAUAAAACAGUUAAUAGUACUUUUUCCAGAUAAAGAUAAGGACAAAGAAUUGUUGUAUGAAGCUUAUGAUUUGUAUACAAAGAAGUUGUUUAGAAAACUUAUAUUACAAACAGAUAAAAGGUGUGAUGGAAGAAGUUUAACUCAAUUACGGCCAAUUUCAUGUGAUAUCAAUAUGUUUUCACCAUUGCAUGGUUCAGCUUUAUUUCAGAGAGGUCAGACUCAGGUAAUGUGUACAGUGACAUUAGAUUCUUUAGACUCGGCAGCAAAAGUGGAUACUAUGUCACAGAUAAUUGGUGGAAUAAAAGAAAAGAAUUUCAUGUUGCAUUAUGAGUUCCCUCCGUAUGCCACUAAUGAGAUAUCCAAAGCAGGCCUUACAAGUAGACGUGAACUGGGACAUGGUGCAUUAGCAGAGAAAGGUUUACGUUCAAUUAUUCCAGACACCUAUCCUUUUACAAUCAGACUUACAUCAGAAGUACUGGAAUCAAAUGGUUCUUCGUCUAUGGCUUCUAUAUGUGGAGGUAGUUUAGCAUUAAUGGAUGCAGGAGUACCUGUCAAACAGGCAGCAGCUGGUGUAGCUUUAGGUAUGGUCUCCAGUGGGAACACAGAGGAGGAUUUCAAGUAUAAAAUACUCACAGAUAUUCUGGGUAUAGAAGAUUACAUGGGGGAUAUGGAUUUUAAGAUAGCUGGAACUAGAACUGGAAUCACAGCUCUGCAGGCAGAUGUAAAAUUACCAGGAAUUCCUAUUAAUGUUGUCAUGGAAGCUAUAGAACAAUCUACAGAUGCUAAGAAUGAAAUAUUAGAUAUAAUGGAUAGUAAGAUAUCAGAGCCCAGAAAAGAGCAGAAGAAAUCCUUUCCAGUCAUAGAAACUUAUACAGUGUCUUUGGCCAAAAGAUCAAAGUUUAUAGGUGUUGGAGGAUUAAAUCUCAAGAAGCUUACAAGUGAAACAGGUGUAAGAGUUACAAGUAUUGAUGAAACUAAUUUCCAACUUUUUGCUCACAACCAGCAGUCUAUGAAUGAGGCCAAAGAAAUGAUUGAACAGUUUCUGACAGAAGAGAGAGCUCCUGAACUAGAGUAUGGUGCUAUUUAUACUGGGAAAAUAACAGAAUUAAAAAAUUAUGGCGUAAUGGUACAAUUACAUCCCAAACUAGAACCAAUGUUGUUACAUAAUAUGCAGUUAGACAUCAGAAAGAUUGAUCAUCCUUCAGCAUUAGGGUUAAAGGUGGGAGAUGAAAUACAAGUGAAAUAUUUUGCCCGUGAUCCACACAGUGGCCAAAUCAGACUUUCUCGUAAAGUAUUACAGUCACCAUUAGCAAAAGCAAGCUUUUUAAAUGUGAAAAAAGGAUGAUAUUUACUGAGAAAUAGUAAAAAAAAUCAAGUCGAGCACCAUAAAAGAUAUUGCCACUCAAAUAUUUAGAAAAAUCAAUGAUUGGAACCUUGGUAAUACAGUCAUUUGAGAAGUUGACGUUUUUCAGGACCAUUACAAGCAUGUGCCUCCAACGACCACCGUAGAAUGCAGACAUUAUUAAAAACACAUUUAUCACCAGGAAAACAAACAGAUAUUUAAUACAGACAUGUGUUAUCACACAGAGUGAGACUUUCUAGUCUUAUUUCAAGCUUUACAAAAUUUAAAAUAAAUGUCUCUUCCACUUUUGUUCUCAUUGUAUAAAUAAUUACAACAACAAUACUAUUUCUUUGUUAUCUCAUCUUUAAAUGUCCUAUGGCAUUGAUAUAUGUUAGAAGUAAAUUGAAAUAUUUUACCUAAUUAUCUAAUUUAUUUCUAUAUAUGAGUGAAAA